GACGUGCAUACUGAACUGACUUUGUCUAGAGCAGUGGGUGGUGCAGUUAGUGUUCAGCUGAAAAGCUGGCAAGCCAAAGUGAUCCUGAAGUCGGCAUCGCAGAAGCAGAUCGACCGUAACAUCAGUGCUCUGACUGAUCUGUGCAGGGCGAAGGGAGCUCAGCUCCCACCAUUAUUCGAGCUACAGUUUCUUGCAAUGGUGAUGUGCCAAUACACAGGAGACACAACUCGGAUGUUUGAUCGAGUCAAGGCCUUUCUUCUGAGCAACAUUGCUUUGCUCACUGUUCGGACACGACAGGCUACAACCUGGAACGAUGACUCAUCCUUCAUUCAGACUCUGGAUCGCGUCACAAACUCGGCUAAGUGGCAAUGUCCAGUGAUCACCCACGGCUACACCAGUAUACCAGGCCGUCCACUUUUUCAGGUUCCUCUGACGCAUGCUCAGCAGAUCCAGCGAGGACCCCUGUCGGGUCCUACAGACGAUGCCAAGACUUUUCGUCGUCGGGACGAGUAUCCCGCCAUCGGUCGCGCUCCAGAUCACCUUUGCAUAGACAGGGGUAUUGCAGGCAUGGACAUCUUUGAUGUUCCUCUUUGUAAGGUGGUUUCGGGAGCACAGGAGAACUGGGCAUUACGGCAGGUGGCACAUGGCCGCACGGUUCAGUGGGAGAACUUUCGGUCCAGACAGGAGGCCAUCUUCUGCGGAGUGUUGACGUGGGCGCUUAGGUCAGACCAGGCCGAACAGGAGGGUACUGAUUUUGUUACCGUUCUCAAUGCUUCUCAAAAGAAGUUCUUUCCCGAAGCUGACAUUCAUGAUUGGAAUGCUCGCUACAACACAAUCAAGAAGUUGGCUGACGAUCUUGUUCGGGACUUGCGGAAGAAAGCCCCAGUGAGUACCAAUCAAACUUUGUUGAUGAGGCUUCAGACUUUGGAAUCGGAGAAUGCUCGGCUUGAGGGUCAAUCGUCACGUCCGUCUCAGCCGGAGCCCAGGCAGGCGCAGCGGAAGGGCAGGUCCCGACCAAGGCCAAGAUCCGCACCGGUAGCCAUGCCUGUUAAGGAAAAACAGCCGGAGCACCAAGAUGAUGCAGACGCGGCAGCAUUCGGAUCAGCGCCGCCAAUCCUUGAGGGCGAUGUUGAGUCUCCAAGUGUUGAGGACGAGCGUGAACCAGGACCAGCCGCGCCAGAGGACACCUAUGCGCAGCACUUGCCACAGUCGGGUAGUGUUCGUUUUCUUGAGAACUGCAAUUUGCCAGGCACCAGUAUGAAGCAUAUCAAUAGCUGGCUUGCAUCAACCGCUUUGGGGAAAGGGAAGAACAAAGCUAUUGACACCGCUGUUGCUGAGUUCCUUGCGGCGUGUGCUAAGAUUGAUGAUGGCUACAAAAAACCAGCGGUUCGGAUUGCAGUGGAGUGGGGCCUUUCAGUUACAACCGCAGCCAAGCUCAGUGAAGUGUGCUUGACUCGAUUGAUUGCAGGAGCUUAUUUGUUAGCUUCGGGAGCACUCCACAGCACCGAAGAAGAAGAGGCGACAAUUUGUCGUCACAUUUCUCCAUUGGUUUUCAUUAAGUCUCCCUGUGCUUUACCUUCGUUUGCCACACAAAACAGUCGACAGAUUCAUGUGGGUUCGAUCCUACAUUUUUUCAUGUGCUUUGACAUCCACUUCUUUGCCCUGCUUUUCCAGGAUUUUCUGUCACAUUCGGGAUUUGAUGACUCAGGUUCCUGUGGAGUAUCCAUGGGAAUGGCACCAACAGGACCAGAGCUGUUAAUCAGCUCCGACUCAUCCUUGAAUCUCGGAAAGGACAUUAUCCUCCAGUGA